AAAAUAACGUAGCUAGAGAAAUCUGCCAGGGAGGGGGCUGAAGAACAAAACAAUGACACUGCUCGGAAGGAUCCAAAUACAGUAACACUUUUUAAGACUUUAAAACGGAAUAGCGCGGAUUUCCCUCCCGGCUGAAAGUAAAACAGUCCGCUGAUAUCCGAGCUUUUGACAUCGACUGGUAGUUGUUUUUGUUGAUAUGUUGUUACAGCUCUGUUGACAGACUGGAGGCUAGCUGCUUGUUUGCACGGCUAUAACUGCUGGGACUAGCUGGCCUUUAAUUACAUAUUUUCUCUGGAAAAAGUUACAACUAUCCGUCGAAACCAACUAGCUGAAUGCUAAGCAACGCUGACGUUUUUGCUGCUUUGGUGCCAAAUUAUCUACCGAGUUUGCCAGCGAGCUACUGAGGGUCAGUUUCCAGCUAGCCUGUUGUUAGCAUCAACAUUUGCACAUUCAUCCUUUCAGGGAGAGCUCAUUGUCUCGGUCGCUACUAGCUACCUGUAAGGCCUACAUGUUUUUGUAUUAUUUUUUCGCCAACCUUUAUUUUGACUUCUGUUAUGCUGCAGCUAAAUGCUAACUUUGGUUCAUGAACAAGCUAACUAUUAGUGGUGAAACCAUAUCAAGUGUAACUAAAGGACACGGCUGCUUCUGGUCCAUUGCCUCACUGUUAGUUAUUUAUUUAAACAAGUGUUUGAAAUUCAUGCUGCCAAAACAAGUUUGAUUUAUUGUAUUAUUGUGUGAAAGUAAGUUGUUACAGUCAGGGAAUCACCAGCCCUGUUCCCAUGCAGCUGUUUUAAAUAGAUGUUUUCAUUGUUUUUGGUAAUUUAAGUUGUCACUUACAUUUUUCAAUUACUGCUAUUGGAAAUAUCUGAUUGUCAAAGCUAUUCCAAUAAGCACUGUUCUGAAUUCAAGUUUAGCUUAUAAGAAACGAUGAGCGGGCAUGGCUCAUCUUCAGAAAAGGGAGUUAAUACUAGCCUAAUAUGUCAAGAGAGUUAUGUGUGUGGUGGCUCUGAGGAGGCUGCAUUUGAGUGUAAUGAAUGCAAAAGCUUGCAAUGUGUCCGUUGUGAGCUCGAGCUCCACAGUCAGGAGCGCCUGAAGAACCAUGAGCGUGUUCAAAUAGGACCUGGGCAUGUCCCUUACUGUGAGAACUGCAAAGGAGGCAAUGGAGACAAUGGCAAAUGCAAUAGAUCUGUGGUCCGCUGCCAGAACUGCAAAGUUAACUUGUGCCAAGAAUGCCAGAAACGCACCCACAGUGGAGGCAACAAGAAGAAACACCAGCUGACAUCUUACCCUCCACCACCCAAACCUGCGGAGGUCAUCCCUGUCAAGACACCGGCCCCGCCCGCUGUCCAAAUAGAAGAUGAGGCCAAAUCUCAGAGAGCAAAACUCCUGGAGAAGAUUUUCAGUUUCCUCUUGGUAGAUGAGAAUGAGGAAAUGCAGUUAAAAGAUGAAUCUUCAUUUGUGAAGAGCCUGAGCUGUAACCCUGACCAGCUGCUCAAGGUGGUGUCCAUCUUUGGCAACACGGGAGAGGGCAAAUCUCACACCCUGAACCACACGUUCUUCACUGGCAGAGAAGUGUUUAAAACUUCUCCCACUCAAGAAUCCUGCACAGUGGGUGUGUGGGCGGCAUUUGACCCCUUCCGUAAAGUAGUAGUCAUCGACACAGAGGGGCUGCUGGGGAACAGCUCCAAACAGGGCCAGAGAACCCGACUCUUGCUCAAGGUGCUCGCCAUCUCCGACCUCAUCAUCUACCGCACCCAUGCCGACCGCCUCCAUGAUGACCUGUUCAAGUUUCUCGGCGAUGCCUCGGAUGCUUACCUGAAGCAUUUCACCAAGGAACUGAAGGCCACAACAGCCCGCUGUGGCCUGGAUGUCCCUCUGUCCACCUUGGGCCCUGCAGUGGUCAUCUUCCAUGAGACAGUCCACACUAAGCUGCUUGGCUCAGAUAAGUCAUUGGAGUCAGUAGAUCGUCUGCUGUCUGAGCGCUUCAAGAAGCUUUCCCGUUUCCCAGAGGCCUUCAGCUCUGUGCAGUACUGGGGCACGCAGACUCUCACCCCGCCGACUGAUUUCCGCGGCCUGCAGAAUAAAUUGGAGCAGCUCCUUGACAACAACGCCACCCGCUCCCCACGCACCCCCGUGGUGAUCUUCAAAGCCCUGCAGGCAUUAAGUGAGCGCUUUAAUGGGGAAAUUACAGGUGAGCUUGUAGCCCACAGCUGCUUCUUUCCCGAUGAGUACUUCACCUGCUCCACCGUGUGCCUCAGCUGUGGAUCUGGCUGCAAGAACAGCAUGAACCACUUGGGAGAAGGAGUGUGCCAUGAGGCGAAGCAUCGCUGUCGUUAUACUCUUCAGUAUGAUAAUCGCAUUUACACCUGCAAGGCUUGCUAUGAAGGAGGAAAGGAGGUGAUUGUUAUCCCUAAAACCUCCGCUUCCUCAGACUCUCCAUGGUUGGGCCUCGCCAAAUACGCCUGGUCUGGGUACGUUAUUGAAUGUCCCAACUGUGGAGUGAUCUAUCGGAGCCGUCAGUUCUGGUAUGGGAACCAGGACCCUGUGGAUACGGUGGUCCGCACUGAGAUCCAGCAUGUAUGGCCGGGGUCGGAUGGCUUUUUAAAGGACAACAGCAAUGCAGCGCAGCGUCUUCUGGAUGGAGUCAACCUAGUGGCCCAGUCUGUGUCAGAGCUCAGUGUGAAGCCUGCCAAGGCCGUCACCUCCUGGCUGACGGAUCAGAUCGCCCCAGCCUACUGGAAACCCAACUCCCUCAUCUUGGUGUGCCAUAAGUGUCAAAUAGUCUUCCACGACAACGACACCAAGCAUCACUGCCGUGCCUGUGGGGAGGGCUUCUGUGACGGCUGCUCUGCCAAAGCUGCCCCCGUCCCUGAGAGAGGCUGGGGUCUCGCCCCCGUCAGAGUCUGUGACGUUUGCUUUGAGCAGAGGGCUUCAUACGCAGAGAUGCUUGAGAAAGAGCAGGAGGAGGAAGAAGGUGGAACUCUGGCCAGGAAGGUUGGAGAAGCGGUCACCAACACCUUUGGGGUCGUGGUCACUGCUAUUGACAUCCCACUUGGCCUAGUGAAAGAUGCUGCCCGUCCUGCCUACUGGGUGCCUGACCAGGACAUCCUGUCCUGCCACAACUGCCAGCGCGACUUCACUGCCAAGCUGUCCAAGCACCACUGCCGCGCCUGUGGCCAAGGAGUGUGUGACGACUGCUCCCCCGAGCGCCGGGCGGUCCCUUCGCGCGGCUGGGACCACCCUGUGCGUGUGUGUGCCAACUGCAACCAGAAACCUGGAGAACUUUAACAGGGACGGCCUUCCUUCCUCAGACAACCGGAGAGAACCACUCACUCACUCAGCAAGCAGUCUGUCACUGCUGUACCUCCGUUAAUCAAAUGGUUCCGUCUUACGUCUGUUGAAAGGAAGUUUUUAGGCAUAUAUAUAUAAAACUAUAUAGGACAUUUAGCAUCAAGAGUUCCUGUGGCCUUUGUAGAACAGCCAGAACAUGUGAGUUACUUGACUGAGUGCAAAAUCUGCAUUUCCACUCUGAUUUAUUCACAGAGUGAAUAUUUGGAUUCUUAUUGACACAAGUCCCUAACUUUACGUUACACAAGGCUGUUGAGCUAUUUUUCUACUAUCAGAAAAUGUUACAAAAAAUAUAUAAUUUUAAAGGAUAUUAGUUAGUUGAGAACCCUGUGGGGUUGGUGUGAUUUUAGUUCCCAGCAACUUAUUAUUAAGCAAUGUUUCUCUGAUGUCGCACGUGUAAUGGUAAGGAGAUAUUUGAUAUCCGUGCAGGUAUAACUGCAGGUUCCAUUGCAUGCUGUAUUGCAACAUUUUAGUUUUUGCACUAAGCCUUUUUCAGCUGUUAUAGGCUGUUGCUUACCAUGGCCAAAAUCCAGAUAUCCAGAUGAUCUUGUAGUACCCUAACUGGGCUGAAAUCACCCACAGUGGGUCUAGAUUGUGGAUAUCUGGUGUGCCAAAAAUCAUUCAGGUCACUGUGUCUGUGCUGGUAUCAUGUUUAUAUUUUAUCAUGUAAUUUGUGGUUGUAUGAAAACAUAAAACUAUGUUAGAGGGGUGUACAUUUUAAGCUUUGAAAAUUAUUUAUGUAUUGAAGAUAAAAAAACAACGUAUUAACACUCGACAACAUGCAUGACAGCCUGAGAGAUCCAUGGCCUUUCUACUUGUUCAGAGGAUGGUCUCUGAAUCCAGCUCACUAUGUCUUUUCCCAAGUGGCAAUUUAGUGUAUCCAUAAUAUGUUGUGAAAUGUAUGUAUAUCAUGUUCAAAUGUGUUCUCUUGACACAUUGAUUUAAACAAAUGUUUUAAUAAUAUUUACAGUUAGGGUCUGCUUCGGUGUACGGAUAUUGUUUUGCAGGACUGAAAACUAUCUAAAUUGGUCUUCAAAACAGUUUUACACUUGCGCCUCCACGUCCCCGUAGGCCCAGACUGACAGGAGAAAGACUCCUGACAACACAUUUUGAUUUCAGUUUUAGCUCUACAAAGCUUGUUUUUCUGUCAUUAUACAUCCGUUAUUGAUAUUUUGUAUGUUAUUUUUCCGUUUGACAUUAGAUACUGUAUGGGUAUUUGUAAACUUUGUAGCAACUGUAUGCGAACCACUUUUUCUCCCUAUAUUGUUUUUGUCUUUAUUUUAUUGUUUUCAAGCAUUACACAGAGAAAUGUAUGCUUGAAUGUGGAAAUGGUGCGAUAUUUAGUGACUGAGAGCUUUACAUUUGGAUGUCAUUCAAAGCACAAGGUGAUGCCUUUAACACAUUUGCUUGUAUUUUGUUGUUAAAAAUUAGGGAAAAAAGGGUCUUUGUCGAUUGUAAGCUUUGUAGAUAAAGUGAAUUCUUCCUUUGCUCCAACGUGGAACUUUUUGGUUCUGAUGAGAAAAUGUGUCUGCCUUGUCUGAAAAUAGAUAUAUCUGUCUGAAUGUUGCAUCACACACACACACCCUCCUCUGAAAUGCAAAUAUUGCACAUAAUAGAAUAAGAAAUACAUCAUGUCAGAAUACUUGUUCUGGAGCUCAUUCCCAUGCAAAGUUGUGCAGUCUUUUGCUUCAGAUGUCCUUUGCAAUUUGUGAUGUCUCGUUUUUUUGUUUUAGAUUAAGUAGGGUGAUAUCAACACUUCUGGCUCGAGACAACAACUGAAGCAGGAGUGAUUGAUACAUUUUAAAUGAUUGGAAACAAAUUGAUGCGAUGAUAUGUGUGAAUACUAAACUGAUGGAGGAUUUGCUUAAGAUUAAAGUUGUAGCAGCUCCCACCUGUCAAAAACACAAUCUUGAA